CCAGAUGCGGACAACUCCUUCUCAAAGCUGGAGCUUUGAGGAGUAGAGGAGCUCCUUCUUCUUCUUCUUCUUCUUUGGGAAGGGGCUUCUGGUGCGCUUUUUAGGGUUUUCAAAUCAUUAGGGUAAAAUAAUGAGGUUACUGUUUUAUUUGGCGGUAGUUUCGUACACUCUAUGCAACCGUGUUUUAGCUGAUCAAAUCUUCCCUGCACAUAUCGGUGGUACACUUAGUCGCAGCUCUCAUGAGCCAAAGUAUAGGGUCGAGUUCCACCUUGAAGACUCACCAUUUCAUCCUGAUGAUGAUCAGGAAUCCAUUGUUAUGGCCAAUAAAAAUGGGCCAAAUUUCAAAUGUUUCUUGCCGAAAGUGGAGAAAGCCAAGAGUGGAAAGCCAUCUAGCAUGCAUAACAUUAGCAAUAUGAUUGUAGAAACUGAGAAACGGGUCAAAUUGAAGACACCAGAUGAACUACUUGAAGUAUUGAAAGAUCGUUGCUUUAUCAGACAAGAGGGUUGGUGGUCUUAUGAAUUUUGCUAUGAGAAGAAGCUACGGCAGCUUCACUUGGAAGAUGAUAAGGCAGUUCAGGAAUUUGUCUUAGGUGUAUACGAUGCGGAAGCCACUGCUGCUUUUAACCAGAAUCUUUCAGACGUCUCUACAUUGAAAGAUCCUCGAUCAAAAGAUGCAUCGCAAAGGUAUCAUGCCCAUCAAUAUACAAACGGAACCAUUUGUGAUCUUACAAAUCAGCCCAGGGAGACUGAGGUGAGAUUUGUUUGCUCAGAGUCCAGAGCUAUGAUUAGUUCUAUUACAGAGCUAUCCACUUGCAAGUAUGCUGUUACUAUUCAGUGCCCCAUGCUGUGCAAGCAUCUGUGGUUCCAGGAAGAGAGGCCAGUGUGGCAGACUAUUAACUGUAACAUGCUUACAAAGGAUUCUGCGGGUGUAAAAGUCAAGGAAGACAAAUCCACAGACAUGAUUACCAUGAUCAAGGAUAGUGAAGAACCAUCUAACUUAGAUUUGGAAGAGUAAAUGUCAUAAAAUAUGUACUUGGGCAUGUACAUUUACCUAGAUAGUACUCUUCAAAUCAUAAUCAUACAAAUUACUGAGUUUCGAUUUCACUUUUUCCUUUUGACAUCAAUGCAGUUUAUGUUCUUUUAAGUA